CGACUCUUUAGCUUAGUAUUACUUCUCUCUCGAAUGUUUUUGCGUUUUUCAUUUUUCUUUCAAGUCCGCUCUAGAAUCUUCAUGGUGGUGUCCUCAUUGAGAAUAAAAUAAGAGAAGACUGAGAGGAUUAAUAUAAGAGACGAGAGGAGAGCAAAAUUACAAACAUAAUUUAUUGGUGACCGACGACAAUUUCAUUUCUAUCGUCAAUAUAGUCGGAAAACCAUGUAUGUUUCAGAUUCAAUUUGUGCUUCUUAUUAGCCGACAAGGAAAAGUCCGGUUGACUAAAUGGUAUUCUCCUUAUUCACAAAAGGAACGAACUAAGGUUAUUCGUGAGCUCAGUGGAGUCAUUCUUUCACGAGGACCCAAGCUCUGUAAUUUCGUGGAAUGGAGAGGAUACAAAGUUGUUUAUAAAAGAUAUGCUAGUCUGUACUUCUGCAUGUGCAUUGAUCAGGAUGACAAUGAUUUAGAGGUCCUUGAAAUAAUUCAUCAUUAUGUUGAGAUUCUUGACAGAUACUUUGGAAGUGUCUGUGAGCUAGACUUGAUCUUCAACUUUCACAAGGCAUGUUGCAAUGGGCUUGUUUUGCAAUUGGGAUUUUCCUUUCUGAAAGGGUUUUUUUAUAUCAUAAAUGGUGAUUGAUGCAAUAAGUGACUACCCAAAAUACCUUAUUAAUUUAAUGCCCUCUUGCUUAUCUAGCGUAGAUCAGUUUAUAUUGCAUGGAUGCCAAAAUCUGUGUCUUUGCUAAUUGCUGACAGUCGUUUAUUUUAUAGGCCUAUUAUAUUUUGGAUGAACUAUUGAUUGCCGGUGAACUUCAAGAGUCAAGCAAGAAAACAGUUACACGUCUAAUAGCUGCUUAGGUAUAAUUUCUUUUUCUUGGUCACAGUGGGUUUUGGUUGUCAGUUUUUCAUAUUUUUUUUUUAU